GCGCAGGCGCAGGGUUGGCCCGAGGUGGGGCGUGGCUGGCGGCUGCGCGGGGACAACCGCCAGGCCCGCGCAGAGCGGGGCCGCGAGUUUGUGAGGUGACCUCGCCCCGACCCAGCGGCUCCGGUCUCCCGCGAUGUCGAGACCAGAGCCGGGCAGCUCGCCUCUCUGAGCUGGUCCCAGCGCGGACGGCACGGAGGGAGGCCAUGGCGGAGUCCUCCGAGCCCGGGCUGCGGGCGUCAGCCGGCGGCGGGAGCUUGGAGGAGGAGGACGACGAGGAGCGGGAGCCGCUGCUGCCGCGGUUCGCCUGGGCCCAGACGCCUAAGGGCGCCCCCGGGAGCGCCGUCAGGCUCGUGGAGGCUGCCGGCGAGGAGGGCGCGGCCUCCCCUCGGGAGGCCGGAGACGCGGAACUGCUGCUCCCGUCCCGGGACGCGCCCAGCCGCUCCUCCUGGGGCGUGGGGGUCCUCCGGGGCUCGCCCACCCACCCGAACCGGAAACCGCCCCUGGGUGCAGCAUUGAAUACAUUCCUGGAUGAUCCUGAAUUUGCUGAUGUUAUAUUGAAAGCAGAGCAAGCAAUAGAAUUUGGAGUUUUUCCAGAAAGAAUCUCUCAAGGUUCAAGUGGAAGUUACUUUGUGAAGGAUCCUAAGAGGAAAAUUAUUGGUGUAUUUAAACCCAAAUCAGAAGAGCCUUAUGGUCAACUGAAUCCAAAAUGGACCAAAUAUGUUCAUAAGGUCUGCUGCCCUUGCUGCUUCGGUAGAGGCUGCCUGCUUCCUAAUCAGGGAUACCUUUCUGAAGCUGGUGCCUCCCUUGUGGAUGAAAAGCUGCAUCUGAAUAUUGUACCUAAAACAAAGGUGGUUUGGCUUGUCAGUGAGACAUUUAACUACAGCGCAAUUGACCGUGCAAAAUCUAGAGGCAAAAAGUAUGCUUUAGAGAAAGUGCCAAAAGUAGGUAGAAAAUUCCAUCGGAUAGGACUCCCCCCUAAGAUUGGUUCCUUUCAGUUAUUUGUUGAAGGUUACAAGGAGGCUGAAUAUUGGCUUAGGAAAUUUGAAGCUGACCCUUUGCCCGAGAAUAUUAGAAAACAAUUUCAGUCACAGUUUGAAAGAUUAGUUAUUUUGGAUUACAUCAUCAGAAAUACAGACAGGGGAAAUGACAAUUGGUUAAUCAAAUACGAAAAGCAACAGGGAAAGGAAGUUAAGGAAACGAAAUGGAUUGAUGAUAAAGAAUCACUUAUUAAAAUAGCUGCAAUUGAUAAUGGUCUGGCAUUUCCUUUUAAGCAUCCUGAUGAGUGGAGAGCAUAUCCAUUUCACUGGGCUUGGCUUCCUCAAGCAAAAGUUCCUUUUUCUGAAGAAAUAAGAAACUUGAUUCUACCAUAUAUUUCCGACAUGAACUUUGUGCAAGAUUUAUGUGAAGAUCUUCAUGAACUUUUUAAGACUGACAGAAGAUUUAACAAAGCUACUUUUGAAAGUCAGAUGUCUGUUAUGAGGGGUCAGAUCUUAAAUCUUACUCAGGCAUUGAAAGAUGGGAAGAGUCCUGUCCAGAUGGUACAAAUGCCUUGUGUGAUUGUGGAACGCAGUCAAGGUAGAAAUCAGGGCCGCAUUGUCCACCUCAGCAGUUCAUUCACCCAGACCGUCCACUGCAGGAAGCCAUUUUUCUCUUCCUGGUAGCAGAUGAUUUUGUAGCACCGUGAACUCCUGGAUGAUGUAACUUGAGACGAGCCCAGUAUGAAGAUGUGAUUCUGAAGAACCAGAAGCUUCAUCCUCUUCUUCGGGCCCCAAACAAGGAACACCACCACUCAAACUAAACUGGCAGUUUGUGCUCUGGGCCUUUUUUUUUUUAGCUUUCUGUCUUGUGAUUUUCUUUUUUUUUUUACUUAAGUAUUUUCAUGUAAAAGGUGUUUCCUGAGGGUUCGAUUAGGACGGAACACAGAUGUGCAGACCCGCCCUUCCCUCACCUCCCUGUCGUGGGCUCCAUGGGUGUGGCAAGUGAGAACACCGCUGCCUUAAGGAAAGUUCACUGGACACCUGUGUUCUCCUACCUCCAACCCCGGCCUUCCGUGAUCGUAACGCUGAGAUCAUGGGAAAUUGACUGGAAAUUCAAAACUCAACUACUAUCUUGAGAUAAAUACUAGUAAUUCAAAUGUGCCUUUUGAAGAUGUGUUCUUAAAUAAGUUGUUAUGAUGUGGGUACUGCUUUCAUAAAACGGUUUUUUCAGUAUUUUGAGAAUUGCUAUAUUAAUUUUUAUAAUGGGAAAACUUAGUAAAUUCCUACGUUUUAUAUCCUGAAUUUGUUAAAAUAGUGUGCAGAUAUUUUUAAAUGGCCGGACCAGGCUAGAAGAGUAAAGCUGAAAUAUUUAAGAUGUGAUCAUAAGUCAGAAUACAUUGGUUAUAUUUUGUAAAUUUUCAUGAACUUGACUCUUAUUUAAAUAUUGUGUUAAUUUUUGAAUGAGUAUAUUUAUAGUGUCAAGCUUGGUAGACUAAAGGUAAUAAAAAUCAUUGUCUUAAGGUCACUGUUCUUCUGAAGUAUGUAUAUUGGAUAUUUAGAAUGUUUGUGAACACAUUUAUGUUUAUAAGCGAUGCUAAACCAACAUCCCCCUUGUGUAUUAGUGGUAUAGUUUAAUUCUUUAAAAUUCCAAAAGCCAUGUGUAACUGGAACCUUUAUAAUUGGAGACGAUUUAAUUUUGUUUAAUUAUAUACUUUCUUAUUCUCCCCCAAAUUUGCCAGCAAUGGAGGCUGUGGAAAACCAGCGGAAGGUUUUUUGCAGACGUAAAAACAAUCAGAAUCACAAAGGUUUUUUUUAUUUAUAGUUUUGUACUGAUGGAAUUAAAACCUUAUUAAAAACA